UGACCAGAGGUGAAACAUUUGACGAUUGGAUACGCGAGAUGGUGCGUGGACCAGAGUAUGUUGUGAAGUCAUAUCCGAGAUUUUGUACUCGAGGAUAUGCAUUCACAACUCAAAAGAGGAGACGUUCGAGUACGACUUAUGAUGCUGGCGUUUGUUCUGCAUCUGGAGAUGAUGUAUACUACGGAAACAUACGGGAGAUUAUGGAAAUCAAGUAUCCGGGCAUGGUUGGAUUGCGUUGUACUGUUUUUUAUUGUGAUUGGUACGACAAAACUCCAGAUCGAGGUGUGAGAACAGAUGCAUUUGGUGUUACAUCAGUACAUUCGAGGCGAAAGUUGCAAUAUUAUGAUCCUUUCAUUCUUGCUUCUCAGGCCGAUCAGGUAAUUAAAUAUAAAUAUAUCAAUUAUUCAUAAUGAUUCAUCAUCAUGUGUAUUAAUAACACUUAUUUACAAAUUAAAUAAUUUUUUAAAUGUUACAGGUCUGUUAUAUCAAGUACCCCCGGGUUAGGAACAGAGAUGAUCCAUGGGUCACUGUUACUUCACUCAACCUGAGAGGCCGAGUUCAGGGAAGUUCUGAGCUGGAAGACCCACUACAACCAAGCACAUCCGGUAACUUAAAUGCAGCAGAAGAUUUAGUUGCAGUUGGCCUUGUAGUCGAUUUAACCGACUUUGGAGAUGAAGCCGUCGUUCAGCCACUGUCGGGAUUCUUCAUUUCCCGCUCCGGUUUUUGCUCCCGCUGCUGCACCCUCUCCCGUUGCUGCACCCCCUCCCACUGCUGCACCCCCUCCCGCUCCUCCAGUCGUUCCGGGAGUGAUGACUGUUGCCCAGUUGGUUCAACAGCCCGGUCGUGAGCAUCUUCCCUAUCUCACUCCGUGUCCAAAGGGACGACUUCAAACAUGGUAAUUUAAAGUCUUUUUUUUUUCCUUUCAUUAAAAUUUGAUUCAUUAUUAAUAAUUUGUUUCUUAUAUUAGGUUCAACCGAUCCGGGAACGGGAUCAGCGCAUGGAUCAACAAUAUGAUGUACUCGAACCUCAGCAAGGAUAUCCGACUUUCACUCACUUCCCUGCCGAGGACCAGGAGAUGUGGUUUCGUCAGUUUGCGGUAAGUAUUCUAAUUUUUUUACAUAUAUUUUUUAUCUUUAAUAUAAAAUUUCUACAAAUUAUGUUUUUUUUUAGCAAGAGUUCACCUGGAAUCCCGAUCACACGAACUUUAUCCGUGACGCCUUCGUCCAUAAAGUUAUGGACAACUAUGGGAAGCAGAUCUACGAGUGGAAGCAGAAGUGGCUCAUCAACCAGGUUUUUUUUAAUUUAUUAAACAAUUUUUUGAAUUUAUUAAACUAGUUUUGGAUUUAUUAAACUAUUUUAUAUUUUUUUAUUAAAAGGUCCCGAAGUCGAUUAACAGCACGGUCUGGGAGGAGUUGUGUGUGCAUUGGGAUAAGGACGAGACGAAAGCUACCUCUGUGACCAACUCCGCCAACCGAAAGAGCGAUCGUGGCGGGAAGGGCAUGUACAAGCACAAUUUGGGUGCCCAGAUUAUUGCCACUCUGGGAUCGCUUGGUAAGUUCAAUCUCUCUUUUUUUUUAAUUAUUUAAGUAUUUUAUUUUAAUUUUUAUGCAUUUCUUCUAAUUUCUAAUGUUUGUUUAACUUUUGUUUUUUUCAAGGCAGAUGAAAAUGUUGGCGAGCCGGUUGAUGAUUUCGUCCUAAUGAAGACGGCGCAUACCAACAAGCACACCGGGGAGAUUGAUGAUGGUGUUGUGAGGGAUGUGCUCAGCCUGAUCGAAACUCAGAAGGAAGACGAAGAGACCCGCCUAUCUCAGCUUCAAACCGACCUGGACGCCACUUCGACGGCUUCGACCAACUUGUCCCGGAUUCGAAUCAACGAAAUCGUUGAAUCGUCGGUUCCAAAGAAGAAGGGACGUUUGGUCGGUUUGGGUCGUCGAGCCCGGUCAGUUCCUCCUUCUGCACCACAGCCCUAUGUUGAUCCAGAAGUGCUUAUGGACCCGUUGAAGGACAAAGAUGACCGCAUAGCUGCGUUGGAGCAAAAGAUGGCGGAUCAAGAGGCGGGAUGGGAGGCAACGAGGAAGCAGAACGAGCAAAUGAUGGAGAUGAUGAAGAGGAUGUACCCGAACGAGCCGUUCCCAUAGUUUCUUUCUUUUUUUUUCAAAAACUCUGAAUGUUUUAUUUUGGUAUGUAAAACUUUGAAUAUUAUCAUGUUUUCUAUUUCAAUUUUAAUUUUAUUUUUUCGAAUUUCAAUUAAAAAAAUAAAUUUUUAAUUUUUAAAACAAAAUUAUUUUUGGGAACAUUCCGAGGAAGUGUAUCCCUCGCGAUAUUCCGACGCAACUUCCUCGGAAUUUUCCGAGGGACAUAUCUCCUCAGAAUAUCCCGACGGAUACACUUCCUCGGAAUAUUCCGACGGCAAAGGUUUCUCGGAAUAUUCCCGUCGGAAUAUUCCGAUACCUCUUUUCUCUCAGAAUGUUUCCGAGGACCGUUCCAUCGGAAAUAUCCGAGGAGAUACCGAGGAACAGUCCUAGGAAAUGUGUCUUCGGAAUGUCCUCGGAAUCUUUAAUUCUCGGUAUUCCCUUGGAAUUUUCAAAGGAAAUUCCGAGGAAAUUUUACUUUCCGACGAGAAAUUUCCGACGACCAUUCUCGUCGGUAUGUCCUCGGAAUAACGGUAUUCCGAGGACAUACCGACGAGAAUGGUCGUCGGAAUCCCGGUAUUUUCUUGUAGUGUUGAGAGAUUUGUGAUUGGAACUCCAUUUGAUUCAUCUAUUCUAUUCUAUGCAGUUUUCAUUUACAUUUUGUGUCAUGAAAUGCUUAGCUAUGUCUGAGUAGUUCACUUGUUAGAUUCAGGGUUCAAAUAGGUUAGAGGGAUUAGCCCCAACUAUUGAUUGCUAUGUUGUGGUAUUUAUUGAUAGAUUGAUCUUAAUGCUUGUUCUAGAUUAGCUACCUAGAAUAUUGAAUCUAGGAAUCUGCAUGAGUCAAGCAACCUUGACCAUCCAGUCCUGAAUCUAAUCUGUCAGACUAGACGAUAGGAAAAAGUCUACCGCUGAACCAGGAAGCUAGUGGUCAUUAUCAACUUGCGCCUAGGGCUAAACUAGAAGCAUCGAUCGAUACUGUCUUCUGACAAUCGAUCGAUCUUGCGAAAGGUGUAUCGAUCGAUGUCCCUAUAGGACCAUCGAUCGACACUUUCUUGUGGUCAAAAAACGACAGUUGAGAUCCAAGAUCUAGUUAGUAAACUAGUGAAACAUUGCCAUUGCUGAUCACUGUGUUAAGGGGUUAAAUAACUAAUUACGAUGUUUUAGAAUCUAUUUAGUAUAUUUAUAGGAUAAUGAGUGAUUUGGAAGAAAGUGAUGAUUUUGAGCAUUUUGGACAUAAUUGGAGAGAGCAACCGAGCUGACCGUCGAGCAAGAUCAAUGGUCGACAUUUAGAGAUAAUAAUCAAUCGAUGCACACCUUGUGACAUCGAUCGAGGGCUAAGCGCGCAGAAGCCCGUUUGGUUCCUGCCAACUUAGAGACCAAGACUUCACCAAAUUACAAGAUUGCCCCAGACGAGUUCUUAACCUAAUAUUUAUAGCUUGCCAAAGUGUUUUAGGCAAAGUCUGCUUUUUGUUUUCUUAUUUUCACAGCAAAGGUUUUCUAGGAUUUUAGUAGAGUUGGAGAGAAGAUCCAAAGAGAUUUGCGAUUGGAACUCCAUUAUUAUCUAUUAUCUAUCUAUGCAGUUUUUAUACCUUGUUGUUAUGAAUUGCUUAGCUAUGAGGGUUUAAAUAAGUUAUGAGGGAUUAGCCCCAACUAUAGAUUGCUAAGUUAUGAUAUUCAUCAUUAGGAUUGUCAUUAAUGCAUGUUUCUAGUUUAGCUGGCUAUAACCUUGACCUAGGAGUUGUAGGCACAUGUUAACACUCUGAAUCCGUACUAAUUAGGCUAGGAUUAUUAGAGUAAGGCGAAAGCUGAUCUAGUAAGCCUAGUGAGCAUUAUUCAACCCCCGGGUAAAGCUUGACUAAGAGAGCAUCGAUCGAUAUUCCUAUAGAAUAAUCGAUCGACGGAGCAAAAGGUGUAUCGAUCGAUAUUCCUCUAGAAUCAUCGAUCGACACUUAGAUCAGGUCAAUAGACAAACCUAGAAAGCGAACGCCGAUCGGUUUGUCAAUAAGCGUUUGAGCUCUAUAAUAUCAUGCAUACAACUGUUAGGUAUCUGUAGGAUUAUAAUCCUAAUUACCUGAAUAGAAAACCGAAGUCUAGCUAUUUCAUUCAAGUACCAAAAACCCAAUCAAGCCAAUCGAGCAACUGCCUUCCUCACAACCUGCUAUUUACAUUUAAACAUAAUCAAACUAGCUUAAUCACUCUUAUUAGAUUUAUUAGGUUCCUUAGAUCCUUGUGGAUUCGAUCUCUAAGUACUACAAUUAAACCUCUUAUUUGAGAGAGUAAUUCACUCCUUAGGGUAAUUUGGUUCCUGCCAACUUAGAGCCCAAGACUUCACCAAAUUACAAGAUUGCCCCAGACGAGUUUUAAACUAAUAUUUAUAGCUUGCCAAAGUGUGCUUUCUUGUUUUCUUAUUAUCACAUCAAAGGUUUUCUAGAAUUUUAGUAGAGUUGGAGAGAAGAUCCAAACAGAUUUGUGAUUGGAACUCCAUUAUUAUCUAUUAUCUAUCUAUGUAGUUUUUAUACCUUGUUGUUAUGAAUUGCUUAGCUAUGUCUGAGUAGUUCUAUUGUUAGGUUUAGGGUUUAAAUAGGUUAUGAGAGGUUAGCCCCAACUAUAGAUUACUAAUUUGUGAUAUUCAUUAUUAGGAUUGUCAUUAAUGCAUGUUUCUAGUUCAGCUAGCUAAAACCUUGACCUAGUAGUUGUAGGCACAAGUUAACAUUUGAAUCUCACCCUGAAUCCGUCCAAAUUGAGCAAGGAUUGUAAGAGUAAGGUGAAAGCUGAUCUAGUAAGCAUAGUGAGCAUUAUUCAACCAGCGCGUAAAGCUUGACUAAGCGUCGAUAGAUAUUCCUUUAGAAUAAUCGAUCGACGGAGCAAAAGGUGUAUCGAUCGACGGAGCAAAAGGUGUAUCGAUCGGUGAUAUACCAUAGAUUUGACCCAUUUUCAUCCAUGGUAUAUACGUAUUUUACUAUCUAUAUACUAUAUAUUCUAUCCUAUUAGGUAUGUUUUCAGGUUAAGAAGUAUCUUGGAGUAAAGUGAUGAUUAUGGAGCAUUUAGGAGCUUAAAUGAGAUUUCAUCCGAGCUGACCAUUAGAGGUCGAUAUGAAGGAGAGACAAUAGAUCGAUGCACAUCCAGUGUCGUCGAUCGAUACAGAAGAGACGCCUCGACGAUUGAAGAUUAUGAUCGAUCGAUGUACAUCAUGUACCAUCGAUCGAUGCCGAGACGCGGAUGCGCGACCUAGUUGCAGCCGACUUUAAACCCAAGACUUCACCAAAUUACAAGAAUACCCCUGACGAGUUUUUAACCUAAUAGAUUACAUACUUUCCUAAGUGUUUAGAGGCAAGAGAGCUUUCAGCCACCUUUUGUGUUUUCUUAUUUUCAGAAGAGAGUUUUAGGAGAGAAGAUCAUAGCACUACAAGAAAACAGCGUAAUUCUGACGGACAUUCUGACGGAAAAUGAGAUCCUCGGAAUAUUCCGACGAAUUUCCGAGGAAAUUCUGAGAAAACCCAAAAUUUGGGUUUCCUCGGAAUUUCCUCGGAAUAUACCGAUGAAAUACCGAGGAAAUCAUAUUCCUCAGAAAACAUCGACGAAUAUCCAAGGAUAUAUUAUAGCCGUUAGAGAGCCGUUGGGGGAUUUUAUAAAUUCCGAGGAAAUUCCGAGGAAAGAGCCGUUGCCGUCGGUAUUCCGUCGGAAUUUCCUCAGUACUGUCGGCAUCAUUU